GAAAUCGUCGUUGCACCGAACUAUCGCAGACCGCACUACCGCAGUCCGUCAGGUGUCGUCACUUCGUCAGAUCGUUCGUGUGUUCCGUACUGGUCGGUCGUUUUCUCUUGUUUUAUGCGAAAUCUAGACGAUCGUGCUCGCCCGUUUACGUAAAAACUCGAGUGAUUAAACGUUCUCGUAUUAUUCCGUGAAUCGAAAUUGUUGUUUUGACAAUAUUGUAUUGCUCGCGGUGUUCUUACGGAAUAAAACCAAUCGAGUUCACAGGUUUUCAUUACAACACAACAACAACAAUUUACGUAUUGUCUUACACGAACAGGUCAUACGAAAUGGGCUUGAGAAUAGCUUAAGUAUAUAAUUGCGUUCGUCAUGAACUCAAAUUCGAGGGAAUUAAUAUUGGCCGUGGUGGCUUGCCUGGUGUGCAGUACCACGAGCCAUGUAGCCCUCACGUUUCCUCCAGCCCGAACAUAUGACCUCGACUUCUUGGAUACUAGCAGAACGCCCGGCCCUUGUGGUAUGCCUAAAGGCUCAGUCAAGACUUCGUUGAUGUCUGGUUCGUCGUUCAACGUCACAUGGCAUCUGGCGUAUCCUCACCGGGGAGGAAUUAAACUUCAAGUACUGGACAAUUAUCAAAGGCCUGUAUUGGAUUUAACACCAGUCACAAAAGAUUCUGAUUUUUUGAGGACUGAUGCAACAGCUCAAUCGUACGCUGUUCAAUUGCCGGGAGAUUUCGUUUGUGAAGAUUGUACCAUUAGAUUACUCAGAGAAGCAUUGGAAUUCGGCAAUAGCUACAGAUUUUGGUCAUGCGCAGAUGUCGAUAUCAAAAACAAAAAAAAUUACCGUGAAGACUGCAGUGGCAAAGGUCGUUACUUAUUAUCAAAGUGCCGAUGUGACAAACUUUAUUACGGCUCCAGAUGUCARUAUAAAGAUGAAUGCGUUGAAGACAACGAUUGUGGUGAUCAAGGAAGGUGUAUAGAUGUCCACGCUACAACCGCUCCAAGGAAACAGUGUUAUUGCGAACCCGGAUGGUUUGGACCAGCGUGCACUAAACGUUCGUCUUUAAAAUCAAAUGACAUCGAUUUGAGCAAUCAUAGAUUCAGAGAACUUUCAAGUGAUUUCCAUUUAUAUUGGAAAAUAUUCAAAGAAGAAGGCGAAAUAGAAGUUGUCUUGAGAGCAAAUAGUACCAGUUACUUAGGGCUAGGUUGGCGACCAAAAGAUUUGACUGCUGAGUGUAAGAAUUUCCCAGAAUUAGCAGAUUUACCUGGUGCAAAAGCUGUAGCAGCAAUACCCAAACCUGAACCCGAGCCGGAAUCAGUUAGUGAGCCCGAACCAAAAAGCGAACCAGAACCAAAGAGUGAACUCGAACCUAAAAGUGAGCCUGAACCAAAAAGUGAACCAGAACCAAAGAGCGAACCUGAACCGAAAAGCGAGCCGGAACCUAAAAGUGAACCAGAACCAAAGAGCGAGCCGGAACCAAAGAGCGAGCCGGAACCAAAGAGUGAGCCAGAACCAAAAAGUGAGCCAGAACCAAAAAGUGAACCUGAACCUAAAAGUGAACCAGAGCCCAAAAGUGAACCAGAGCCAAAAACUGAACCAGAACCAAAGAGUGAACCAGAACCAAAAUCAACAACUGGACAGAAAUCAAAUAAGAAAUCUGAACCAGAACCGGAACCAGAACCUUCAUCAGAACCUACUACUUUGUCAACAACAACAAUUGCAAGUUCCACUCGACCGAAACCAUCAUUUUUCCGAACCAGAGGACGACUGCAAAAACCAAAGCCUACCGAUGAACCGGAAGCUGCAGCAUCAACUACUAAUGCACCAUUAAGAUCUAAUGGAAGGCCAGUGUUUGCCCAAUUACGAAAUACUAGAUCAGCAUCAACCCCAAAUGAACCUCAACCAGAAUCAGAGCCAGAACCAAGGUUGAAAGUUCAGGAAGGCCAUAAUCAUCACGAUCACUCUUCACACGAACACGACCACUCAUCACAUGAACACGACCACAACCACGAUCAUCACCAUGAUCAUCAUACUCACGACCAUAAUCAUGAACAUCAACAUGAAACUCCCGUCAAAAAAGAAAUGAAACUCAAUACGUACACACCUAAAGCUGAUUUCAACGGGAUGGACUGCACAGAUUUAGUAAUAGGAAGUGCUCGAGGAUCAGCCAGCAGGGUGUGGGAUUAUUACACUAGAGACAGGUCAACGCCACGCGUAGACGGUUUUUGGGGUGGAAAGAAUGAUUUAAUCGCUGCAGUUGGGUUUGAAAAAGAUGGAGUUACGACUAUUGCUUUUAGAAAGAAGCUUAAAGCCACCGAACCAACUGAUCACUCUAUCGUAGAUGAUGUUAUGCACGUGAUUUGGGCUAAGGGUCAAGAACAGAAAAACUAUCAGCAUUCACCAAAAUCUGGACUGGAAAAAGAUAUUGCUUUUGUAAAAGAUUUUUACAAGCAAGAUGAACUUAAAUAUCACGGUCACGGAUCCCAACGAGGAGUAAUUUCUAUUAACUUUUUUGAUGAACCCGGACGACUGCAGCCAUCGGUYGACGAUCAAGAGGCGACGAAAACCGCGGACAAUCCAUUGACCAGUCGUAAUAACAAGCCGUCUGUCCAGCAGGUUUCCACUCCGGCGCCCAGCAACUGUUACGGUCAGUGGUCGACCCCAAAAGGCUGUAACGUGACCGCUGGCCAGUGCGAGUACCACGUGGUAUGGACUUAUUCGUCAAAGACCGAUUACAUGCGAUUCACGAUCACCACCACGCAUACCAGUACUUGGACCGGUAUUGGAUUUUCUGAAGACCACAAAAUGAGUCAAACAGACGCCAUUAUUGGAUGGGUGGAUAAAGCUGGAAGGCCGUUCCUUAUGGACACCUGGAUAAACGGAUAUACAGCUCCGCUGUUGGAUGCUUCUCAAGACUUAAGCAAUAUAACUGGUAACACCGCCGAAGGAUUGACGACAUUGAGCUUUAUGAGAAAACGAUCGACCGGCGAUACCAAGGAUAUGAUGUUUUCGGAUGAUAAAUGUUUGUAUUUAACAUUCAUCGUCAAAGGAGGCGGUUACAACCCGGUGAACAAAAAGAUCAAAAAACACGAAGUUUUACCAAUGUUUUCUAACGACAGAGUGUGCAUAAGAUCCUGCGGUGCCGAAGAAGAUUGGGAAUUGGCGACUACCACGACUGCCCCGAAAGCUGCGUUCAACGUGGCCAUCAAAUUAGUCAAAUUGGGUGAAAAUUUUGUUGUUCCCCCUGCUGGAAGUCCCGAUUUUGACGCCCUAGCCAACACGGUYACCAGUGGUUUCAAGAAGACCUUGACUAAGUUGCCCGAGUUCUACAAGAUCAGCGUCGAUGAGUUUUCUCAGGAAAACGAAAACGUGGUCGCCAAGAUGAGUGUCGAGUUAGACGAGAGUGGCGGAGGAUCGCGUGGCCGUGCACUGGGCACAGACGAGGGCGCCGAACAGUUGGAACGUGUUCUAAGGAGUACCGUAAACAGCGGCCACGUAGGCGCUCUAUCGUUAGAUCCUAAGUACUUUGUUUUCGAAGCAGCACCGCUGUCCAGCACGAUUCCGUUAGAGGAACACGUCAAUGACAGUAUAUUAUUGUCCACGACAAAAUUAUGGAUCGUUAUAGGAUGCAUUUCCGCCUUGGUGUUUAUUGCCAUUGUUCAAGCUGGAUGCACCAUUUACAAGACAGCUCGAAGACCCAGACCAAACCACAAGGAUCACGGCGGCGUGAAUUCCGCAUGGAAGGAUUAUUCGUCCGGCGGCGCAGGYGGACCAAACACCAACUACGCUUUCGACCAGUACGACGGAGACGAGAAACAGUCGCCGAGCUCGUUGAGCCACACGUCAACCAUACCACUGACCACAAAGUUGGUGUCGCACAACGGCGGCGGUAACCAUUACGCGGAAUCGCGGUCGUUGCACAGGCCUUCCGCGACCACGGCCGCAGCGGCCAACGGCGGCGGCCGUCAUAUGCACAGCCGCCCUCCGCCACCGCCCGGCCACCAACAGCAGCUGCACCACCAGGACAGGGCGGCGGGCACUUACUCGCUGCCCAGGCCCGCGCAACAGCCACCGCACCACAACGGCGGUUACUACACGCAAAGGCCGCCCAACCGGACGUCCGCUGCGCACCACGGGCCGCCGCAUCAGCAGCAGUCGAACGGGGKCCCCGGAGAUCAGCUCCAACCGGACUUUUACUUCAUGCCGUCGCAGAGGAAGUACUCGGGUGAGGUGGUCAGGGUGUACGUGGACUACAACACGAACCCCCGAAAAUGAUCGCCCSCGCGUUUCUGUUUCUUAUUAUACUUAUAGUAAUAAUCAUAUUUUUUGUAAAUAUAUAUCCGACGAUUUUUUUUUUUUAAAUACAUAUAUACAUUAUACAUAGAAGACACACACAUACCCAUAU